AAUUUGUCCUCCGGCCCCUCGCCUGUCCUUCCCCGGCAAGAAGCCAAGACGAAAAACUCCCUCCUCCCCUCCUGCUCCUGCAAAGCCAUGGCGUCCGAGAGCGAGACGUGGGCGAACCUCAACCAAGACGUCCUCGGACGCAUCUUCCGCUACCUCCCAACCCUCACCGACCGCGUCCACGCCUCCGCCGUCUGUAGGCACUGGCGAUUCGUCGCGGUGGAGAGGGAGAACCAGCCCGCCGAGCUCCCCUGGCUCCUCAUGCCGUCCACCGCGAGCACCUCCCACUUCCGGGUCUUUGGAGGCACCACCCACCAGGAGUACUCCCGACACGUCCCGGUCGGCGCGCGCUUCUGCGGCUCCUUCCCGGGCGGCUGGUUCGUCGUCCAGCUCCAUGCUCCGCGCGGGCGAUAUGCGCUGCUCAACCUCCUCUCCGGCAAACAAAUUGCCCUACCUGACAACAUGGAAGCGCCCGUGAGGAGCAAUUCGGGAAUCCAGCACAACAAUCUGUACCCCGUGCUGGCCAUCCACGCCGCCGUCCUGUCCGCCGCGCCGACCCCCGACGGCGCCUACAUCGUCGCCGCCAUCACGUCUGGCAAGACCAACAUCGCGUUCUGGCGCCCGGGGAUGGCACACUGGUCGCCGCCGCUUCAUACAGAGGUAGGCCGUCGCGCUUCAUGGGCUGACGAGAUGAUCCCCGCGGACGAGGAUCGGUUCGGAUCCAUGGAGGACUUGGUGCACUACAGGCGCGGCGACUUCGGGUGCUUCUGCGUCCUCACGACCACCGAGAUUGUCUAUAACUACGAGCUGGUGAUCGCCGAUGAUGGCGUGCUGACGAUGCGACGCACUGGCACUGCCCCCACCCGCAUGUUCGGUGCUGUCGGAGGGGCCGAGGAGCCCAUCGCCCGCUACCUCGUGGUGUCCGGCGAGGAUCUGCUCAUCGUCAGGAGGUUCGAAUCCUUGCCGGUCGCCCCGGACGUGAUAGGAUUCCAUGUCGUCAGGUUGCAGGAUCGUCGGGGUGCACGUUACACGCUCAACUGCUGGGACAUACCAGGGCAGUUGCUCUUCCUCGGGCGCGGCUGCUCCAGGGCCUACACGACGGCGGUCCGCACGAACCCCGGCGGGUACAUCUACUUCCUGCACGCCGACAGAUUCCCAGGUUCGACGACCAUCGGCUACCGCUGCAGCGACACCGGCCGGUGCGACUACCGACGCUUCCUGCUGGAAAUCCAGCGGGUCUUGCCGCGAGGGCCCGUGUCCGACUGCUCGCCAUGGAUUUGGUUCUUCCAUUGAGCCAUGGGCCUUGGCACCACGAGGCAGAUAGCCUGAUACAAGCGAAGAGGUACUACUUGUGCAAUCUUGUCUGUCUGCUGGAAUGAAUCACGGACCAAUUUUGGGGAUUCCUGUUGAGAUUUUGCUUUUCAGUUCAUAGUGGGAAUGUGGAAUCUGAGACAUGAAAAUGGUUACUGAGACAUGAACAAGUCGAUUCCUAGUGUUUCGAGUACUACGGGGAUCUCUCAUAGUGCAGUUCAGAGUUUUUCCUGACCGACGCAUUGCCUCAGGCUCUCUUCUUGAUCUUUGCCUUUGUUAAUUGUGAGAUUUUGCUACAUGUUCACUGUUUUGUUCAAUAAGAAUUCAUUCUUGGCAUAUGGUAAGGUUUUAGCUUCAGCAAUUGAUUCUGUGGUUUGUGCACCAUCAGAAUCAGAUACAUGGAAACUUUGGGUUGCAGUUAAUGUUGGCGCGCGUGCACGAGAAUAACUUGUUUUUCUGGUA